AUGCCGCCUUCAGCCGCCAGCGGUCCAGGCCAAACUCGCAAGGCUAGCGAUCGCGCUCAGGAGAAGGGCGUGCGCGAGAGCAACAUCGUGGCGGCCAAGUCGGUCGCCGACGCCGUGCGCACGUCGCUCGGCCCGCGUGGCAUGGACAAGAUGAUCUCGUCGGCGGGCGGCGACGUGGUCAUCACCAACGACGGAGCGACGAUCCUGAAGCAGAUGGAGGCGAGCCGCGCAUACAGCCGGCUCCGCACCAUCCCCGCUCUCCCUCACCCAGGCGCUCCUCUCUCUCCCGCCAAACAGGUCGCUCACCCGACUGCAAAGAUGCUGGUGGACCUGUCCAAGUCGCAGGACGUCGAGGCGGGCGAUGGGACCACCACCGUCACGGCGGAGAUCCUGCUCAAGAAGGGCAUCCACCCGACCGUCAUCUCGGAGUCGUUCCUGCUCGCGGCGAAGAAGUCGGAGGAGAUCCUGCAGGCCAUGUCGAUCCCCGUCGACCUAGGCGACCGCGAGCAGCUCAUCAAGGCGGCGGCGACGUCGCUCAACUCGAAGGUCAUCUCCAACAACUCCUCGCUGCUCGCGCCGCUCGCCGUGGACGCGCUGCUCUCCGUCAUCGACCCCGCCACCGCCACAAACGUCGACCUGCGCGACAUCGCGACCGUCAAGAAGCUCGGCGGCACCAUCGACGACACCGAGCUCGUCAACGGGCUCGUCUUCACCCAAAAGGUGUCGCACGCGGCUGGCGGGCCGACCAAGGUCACCGGCGCCAAGAUUGGCCUGAUCCAGUUUUGCCUUUCGGCGCCAAAGACCGACAUCGAGCAAAACGUGACCGUCUCUGACUACACGCAGAUGGACCGGAUCCUCAAGGAAGAGCGCAAGUACAUCCUCGACAUGUGCAAGAAGGUGCAAAAGAGCGGCUGCAACGUGCUGCUCAUCCAAAAGUCGAUCCUGCGGGACGCGGUCAACGACCUGUCGCUGCACUUCCUCGCAAAGAUGAAGAUCCUCGUCGUCAAGGACAUCGAACGCGACGACGUCGAGUUCAUCUGCAAGACCUGCGGCUGCCUGCCCAUCGCAAACAUCGACACCUUCCACCCGGAGAAGCUCGGCCGCGCGGAGCUCGUCCACGAGGUGUCGACGGGCGACGGCAAGAUUGUGCGCGUGACGGGCGUGCCGAACGAGGGCAAGACCGCGUCCAACAACCUCGUGCUCGACGAGUCGGAGCGCUCGCUGCACGACGCGCUCUGCGUGCUGCGCUGCCUCGUCAAGAAGCGGUUCCUCACGCCGGGCGGCGGCGCCCCGGAGAUGCGGCUCUCGUACGAGCUCUCCAAGUGGGCCGACUCGCUGCUCGGCGCGCGCCCGCCGCCCCUCCCCGCCGCGCGCGCGCCCGGCCGCAGCCCGCCGCCGCCCCGCCGCAGGCAUGCACUCGUGGUCCCGUACACGCUCGCCGAGAAUGCGGGGCUCGACGCCAUCCACGUCGUGACGGAGCUGCGGAACAAGCAUGCGGAGGGCGAGAAGGCGGCGGGCAUCAACGUGCGCAAGGGCAAGGUGACAAACAUCCUCGAGGAGAACGUGCUGGUGCCGCUCCUCGUCCACACCUCGGCCGUCUCGCUCGCGACCGAGUGCGUCCGGCUCAUCCUGAAGAUUGACGACAUUGUCAUCACUCGGUGAGCGCCGCGCGCGGCUGUGCCCUUGACAACCGAUUCUGUAACCGCGGCUCACGGAGUCCGACGGGGGUGUUAGUAUCAUGGGGGCGCGUUCCGUACGCCUUUGUAGCUCUUAUGUUGUUAAAAUGAGGGACGAACUGCCGUGCA